AUGCGCUACUCGCCCCAUCAGACCAGACCCCCGCCUUUGGACCGAUGGAGUAGUGCAGUAGUACCAGUAGACAGUUUCUGUGUGGCUUCUUGGCUCAUGCACGCUAAUCAGCGCACCGGACAUCUCCAGAUGGAAAGACAGAAGGAGGAGAAGACAAGACAGGUGGAGAACGCCACAACCGAUGAUGGCGGUCCGGGCUUAGCUAUAGCAGACCCCUGA